AUGAUAAGAUGCAUAAUUUCAUUGUUAUUGCUGCUCCUGACGUUGUUGCUUAGUCAUACAGACUCUAAAAAGUUUGAUUUUCGACACAAACGAAUGGAUAGCAGUAAUGCGAGUGAACCCACGAGCUUCAUUAUACCUGGAGGUGAGGGAUCGGCUAGUGAUCGAUGGAGUAUCUGGAGUGCUCCCUCAAACUGUUCCCGGCCAUGUGGUGGUGGUGUAGCAUACCAGGAAAGGACAUGCUUACAGUUGGAUGGUUCAUCUAACUGUAGUGGAGGAACGAGGAAAUAUUUCUCCUGUAAUACUCAGGAGUGUCCUGAAAACCAACAAGACUUCCGCCGACAACAGUGUUCGGAAUUUGACGAAAUUCCAUUCGAGGGUCAAUUGUACCAGUGGGUGCCGUAUACUCAGGCUUUAAACAAAUGCGAGCUGCACUGCAUGCCCAUUAGUGAAGAUUUCAACUACCUCCAUCGGCCGAAGGUGAUCGAUGGAACGCGCUGUAAUAACGUCUCGAACGAUGUGUGCGUUGACGGUGCCUGCCAACCGGUCGGAUGUGAUAUGAUGUUGGGAUCGCAGCUGGUAGAAGAUAAAUGUCGCGUCUGCGGUGGUGAUGGCAGCACCUGUGAGACAUUCAAGGACGCCCUAACCGCACACAAUCUAGAAUUAAACCACAAAAAUCUGCUGACCAUUCCGAAGGGAGCGAUGAACGUGGUGAUCAACGCAACAGUAGAAUCGAAUUAUUACCUAGCGAUUCGUAAUCGGACCGGUUUCUUUCACAUAUACGGAGUAUUCUGGAACGAACUUCCGCGCACAGUAACGUUUGCCGGAUGCAAUUGGGUGUAUGAGCGCAGUUCGCCUAAUCUCACCGCUCCGGACAGGUUAACGUGCCUCGGCCCUACAACGGAACCAGUGGAACUGGUUCUGCUGUCUCACAAUGUUACUGCCGAUGUGAAUUAUGAGUACACUUUGGAUACCUACUUGUGGAUAACUGCGCCAUUCGAAUCAUGCUCCUUCCGUUGUGGCGGUGGCGAACAAUCACGCAAUGUCACAUGCACCAGUAAAAGCACACAACAGGUUGUAGACGACGCUCUGUGCGACGCUAGUGAAAAGCCAAUAACAAUGCAGACGUGUGCUGAGCACGCUUGUCCGUUCCGGUGGGUUACGGGACCGUGGAUCAAUUGUUCGAAAACUUGUGGUACAGAUGGAAAGCAGACGAGGGAAGUGUACUGUGAGCUUAUAUCCACUGAAGGCGAGGCAAACAGGACGGAAGAUGCUGUGUGUCUGGAGCGAUAUGCUGAUAAGCCAGCCGAAAGUCGGGAGCGCGAACUUGAGCCCUGCGAGUACAGUUGGUUUAUGUCACGAUGGACCAAAUGCUCAGCUGUCUGCGGCAAGGGCGUUCAGACGCGUACGGUUGUGUGCAGCGUGAACGAUGGCGUAUCACUGAACCAGAAGGAUGAUGAUAGCAACUGUGCGCAUACAGAAAAGCCCGAGAAGGAACGGAAAUGUGAUGGACCGUCCGAGUGCCCUGGUCAGUGGUUCGCCGGGCCAUGGACCGAUUGCUACAAGAUAUGUGGUGGGGUGUUAAGAUCGCGCAAGGUGUUUUGCAUCGUUAACAACACUGCUGUAGCGGAACAGAAUUGCAACGUGGACAAUAUACUAUUUAUGUCGGAGCCAUGUAAUGCACCAGCGUACACGCAGGCCGAUGAGGAUGAGUUGUGCACCAAAAAAGGCGACAAAUUUGCUAUCAUCUCAAGCUCUACAGCAGAUUUCACCUUUGAAACGGGCGAAGAAAACACAACCGAUUGGAGUACCAACACGGAGGGGCUCACUACAGCUGAGUACGAAACAGAGAGCACGACUGCGUUGGAUGAAACGACGGAACGUACCGAGACCAGUUUCGAACCGUGCAGCAAGGAACCGUACGGUUGUUGUCGCGAUGGUAAAACUCCAGCGCAUGGCCACAACCGCGAAGGAUGCUGCCUGCAAUCGCCGUACGGAUGCUGUCCGGAUAAUGUGGUCCCUGCCCAGGGACCGAACCAAGAGGGUUGCGAGUGUGAAUACUCACCGUAUGGAUGCUGUCCGGACAACAAGACAUCAGCGCGUGGAUACGGAAAUGCAGGAUGUGGUUGUCAGUACACGGAGCACGGUUGUUGUCCCGAUAAGGAGACGGAAGCUCAGGGACCGAACUACGAGGGAUGUCCAUGCCAUGCGUACCAGUUCGGAUGUUGUCCCGAUGGUGCCACACCGGCCAAGGGACCGCACAAUCAAGGAUGCCACUGUUCACACAGUGAGUUCAAAUGUUGUUCCGAUGGCCAGACGGCGGCCAAGGGUCCCGAUGGAGAGGGUUGUACCUGUGCGGAGAGCAAGUACGGUUGCUGCCCAGAUGGAAGUACCGAGGCGCAGGGCUACCAGUUUGAAGGUUGCACUGAUGCACCAACAUCGCUGCAGAAGGCCUGCACUUUGAUGAAGGACAAGGGCCCGUGCACUAACUUCACCAUCAAGUACUUUUUUGACAUCGAAAGUGGAUAUUGUGGACGGUUCUUGUAUGGUGGCUGUGGCGGUAAUGAUAAUCGCUUUGAAUCAGUCGAUGAUUGUCAGGCCGUUUGUGAAGCACCUCCUGGUAAAGAUGUAUGCUACUUGCCCAAGAUCACGGGACCAUGCACUGGACAACACAGCAUGUGGUACUACGAUGCGGAGCGCAAUUUGUGCUCUCAAUUCACGUACGGUGGGUGCCUUGGUAACGCCAACCGGUUCGAGAAGCUGGAAGACUGCAAAGCGUUGUGUAGUGUGGAUGAUACGAAACCGCCAUACGAGCAGCCCAUGGAACAUGGACCCUGUAACGGUACCUUCGAACGUUGGUUCUACGACAAGGAAACGGAUGCAUGCCAACCAUUCUACUACGGUGGUUGCAAGGGCAAUAGGAACAACUACCAGUCGGAGGCUUCGUGUAACUAUCGCAGUAAGAAAAAGGAAGUUCGCAAACCGAGCUGUAGCCAGCCACCGGAAGUGGGUAGCUGCGAGGCCCAGCAAGCCCGCUGGUACUUUGCCGGUGACAGUAACAAAUGCAUGCCCUUCUACUUUACCGGUUGUGGUGGGAAUGAGAAUAACUACGUCACUCGUGAACAAUGCGAAGCGCAGUGUCCAUCGAUAGUUGAAAAAGACAUUUGCCACCUACCUGCAAUGAUAGGCAAAUGUAAGAACUUUAAGUCACACUGGUACUUUGACACGAAAGAUAACCGCUGCCGUGAGUUCUAUUACGGUGGAUGCGGUGGCAAUGGUAACAACUUUGUCGAUGAACUAUCCUGCGUCAAUCGCUGUAUCGGUGGUGCGAAAUCAGCACCAUUAAAAUUGGCCAUCCCGAUACUUCCUGAACAAGUUGGGUUUCUGAAAUUAGCGAUGCAUUUCCCACAAGGACACAGUCUGCUGCCUAAAAGCAACUUUACUGUUGUUUGCUUGGUGGAUGGAUAUCCGACACCUACGGUACAAUGGUUAAAGGAUGACGAGAUUUUAAACCCUACCGAACGUAUUCACAUCACUGGCGAGAAUCUACUGGUCGUAACUGGUGCCUUACCAUCCGAUAGUGGCCGUUACAACGAACCAGCGGUUACCGAUCCUGCCGUGCUGAAGGAAGGGGAGGAAGUGGAGGAAGAAUUCGACAUCAAAUCAAAAGAAGGUGGUGUGGCUACACUCCCUUGCAUUGCUAGCGGCUACCGGCCAUCGUCUAUUCGAUGGAGGAAGGGCUUGACCAUGCUCAAUACGAAUCAAGGAAGGUACGUUCUUACCUCGACAGGAGAUUUGCUAAUCGAACAGCUACGUCGAACUGAUAGUGGAAGGUACGUUUGUAUUGCUGAUAACGGCGUCAGUGAGCCAGCGCUACGAGAAGUGCAGCUAACGGCCAACGUUCCCGUCAAGGUAGCGUUGGACUUCCCGCAAGGACAAUAUACUCUACCAAACAGCAACUUUACCAUCAACUGCACGGUUGAUGGAUAUCUGAAGCCCACCGUGUACUGGUUUAUGAAUGGAAUGCUCCUAAGGACAAACAAGCGUAUUCACAUAACUGAUGAGAAUUUGAAGAUUAUUACUGGAGCUUUACCAUUCGACACUGGCUUUUACAAAUGUCUCGCCAGAAACGAACAUACGGAAGCUUUCCAGGAAGGAUAUUUAAGUAGGAUUAUUAUCGAGGAGGACGAAUCUGUACCAUGA